AUGGCCAUGUCCUUCAAGUAUGAAUCAUCUUCUAAUUCUUCCUCUAGAGUUGGAUACAGUUAUGAUGUCUUUUUGAGUUUUCGAGGGGAAGAUACUCGCAAGAAGUUUACAGACCAUCUUUAUAAUGCACUAGUUCGAGCAGGAAUCCAUACAUUUCGUGAUGACAAUGAACUUCCUAGAGGAGAAGAAAUCUCCCAACAACUCCUUAAGGCAAUUGAGGAAUCAAGGAUUUCUAUAGUUGUCUUCUCCAAAGGUUAUGCUUCAUCAACAUGGUGUCUUGAGGAACUAGCAAAGAUUAUGGAGUGUAAAAAUAGCAUCAGGCAGAUUGUUCUUCCGGUAUUUUAUGAUAUUGAACCAUCUGAUAUUCGCAAACAGACUGGGAGUUUUGCAGAAGCCUUUAAGGUGCAUGAAGGACGCUUUAAGGAAGAAAUGGAAAAGGUCAACAAGUGGAGGGGAGCUCUAAAGGAGGCUUCAAAUCUAUCUGGAUACACUCUAAAAGAUAUGGCAAAUGGGUACGUCUUUUCAUUCUAUCGCGGAGACCAACGUUCAUUAUCGUUUCAUUUACCUUCAUUUUUCGAAUGGUUGGCUAUUUGGGUCGUCUUUGAACCUGAUAAACAUGAUGGUUCCAAAAUUUGGUUUAAUAUCAAAAAUAAAAGCAACGGUACUCAGUUGUAUGAAUUGACCGAACCAGGAUUUUUUGUUAAGCGCCUUGCAUCUUGGGUGACUUGUGUAAGAGCAAGGGAAAUGAAAAUGGAAGGUUAUUGUGGAGAGGAAUUGGAACUGUAUCUGGGAUCUGGAAAUGGCGCUCUAAUGAAAGAAAUUGGGGUCCAUGUGAUAGUAGAGGAGCCAGAUUCAUUUAAUAACUCAGAGUCUGAGUGGGAGUGGGUUCAUGACAUUGACAGGCUGCAAGGAACAACAUCUUGUGCUAAUUUUGAAGAAAGGGACGAGACUGACAGCCAAGAGUCUGAGUGGAAUUCGGAAUGGGAGUCGGAUGAUGACAUUGACAAGCUGCAAGGAACAACAUCUUCGGCUGAUAUUGAAAAGGGAGGUGCACACCUUGCCUCUGUAACGUCUCCUUCUUCAACUAUGUCUCUCCCCGUAGCCUCUCCUCCUUCAGCCAGGUCUCUUCCUCCAGCACAAGCAGCAGCUUCAACUAGUUCUCUUCCUCCAGAAUCAGCACAAGUCACGGCACUUUACAGCAGCAGCAGACACGGCAAACACUAUAACAGUAGCUAA